GGGAUACGGGUCGUCUUACAUGUCCUACAACUACAGGGAGCCUUCCAGCAAGCCCGGCCUGUGUGGCCUCAGUAAUCUCGGCAAUACGUGUUUCAUGAACUCUGCUCUUCAGUGCCUGAGUAACACGCCGCCCCUCACCGAAUACUUCCUGAGCGAUGACUACAAGGAGGAGAUCAACAAGGAGAACCCGCUGGGGAUGAAGGGGGAGAUCGCCAUGGCGUACGCCGAGCUCAUCCGACAGAUCUGGUCCGGAGAACAUUCUUAUGUGGCCCCGCGAAUGUUCAAGACGCAGGUUGGACGCUUUGCGCCGCAGUUCUCGGGGUACCAGCAGCAGGAUUCCCAGGAGCUGCUGGCGUUUCUCCUGGACGGUCUCCACGAGGAUCUGAACAGAGUGAAGAAGAAGCCGUACCUGGAGCUGAAGGACGCCGACGGGCGGCCGGACUCUGUUGUAGCCAAAGAAGCCUGGGACAAUCACCUGAGGAGGAACUACUCCAUCAUCGUGGACAUCUUUCACGGCCUUUUCAAAUCCACGCUCGUGUGCCCGGAAUGCGCUAAAGUCUCCGUGACCUUUGACCCCUUCUGCUAUCUCACCCUCCCCCUCCCCAUGAGGAAAGAUCGCACCAUGGAGGUUUUCCUGGUCCGUAGCGACCCGCAGUGCAAGCCCACCCAGUACCGAUUGGUUGUGCCUAAAAUGGGGGCGGUGUCUGACCUGUGUGCGGCUCUGUCCAAACUCUCCGAUGUCCCUGCCGAAAACAUGGUGGUGACGGAUGUCUACAAUCACCGAUUUCACAAGAUCUUCCAGGUGGAUGAAAUGCUGAGUCACAUCAUGGAGCGGGAUGACCUCUUUGUGUAAGUGGGGACCUCAUUUGAGGGGUGUAUGCGGGAGGAGGACCCCCAACAGGCAGAGUAUGGCAUGAAUAGUAUUGGACAGCAGAACUUGUAUUCCUCGUUGCCUCUCCUCAUCUCCAUCCUCUGUUUCUCCUCCAGGCGUUAUGUAAAGUCUCCUCUGCCGGAAGAGUUCAUCUGUGUGUCCGGUGACAACGCCGCCUGCAAUGGCUCCAAUGGAAUCUAUGAAGACGAUGACAUGGAACACCAGGAGGAGCCGGAGGAGAAGGAGGAGUCUGCAGAAGAAUCCAACGGCCAAUCAGAUGACAGCGUGGAGGAGGAGAGCUCCGGGGAGCAGUGCAGCCCCUGUAAUAAGAUCGCUAAGAAAGCGCCGGAGUGCCGCCGGAGACUCUUCUCCUUCAGCCUGGUCAACUCUUACGCCACCUCCGACGUCGCCUCUCUGCCCGCCGAGGGUUCGGUCCUGAAACUCAGCU